CCCAGUCCCUCGCGGAUCGGUCGCGAGCGAGGAUCUCGCCGAUCUCGCGGCGCCGCUCCUUCGAGACCUCCCCGGGUACCCUGACUGAAGAAACCGAGCCGGAUGCCAGCCGAAGCAACGGCGAUGUUUAUUCAACUCGACUCGCGCUAGUCGACCGGUGAAAGUGCUCUCCGUUGGAAAAACCAGCGAAACGGGGAACCUGGGAUUUAUCGACCGAAUCCCGACAUCGACCGUCCUCCCUAUUUCGGGAAAAUCUCCGACCGACCUGGACGCGCGACGAAGGCGCUUCGGACCGUCGUCGAGGAUGUCGAGGAUCCGGCAGAUUUUGGCCCUCCUUCUGGUCUGCGGCAGUCUCGCCGUCUCGAGAAGCUUCGAACGCGAGAAGCUGCGAGGGGUCUACUCCUGGAAGAUCCUCGAGUUUGACUUUCCCAGCGAGCGAGCCCGCGAUGCCGCCAUCCGCCAGGAACGGUUCAUCCCCGGGGCCCCGGUCCCGAUCGACGUGGACGUCUACUACAACGGCAAGCAGAAGGGAAGCGUCUUCGUGACGAUCCCCCGCUUCCAGAAGGGCGUGCCGGUUACCUUGGGCUACGUCACCGACAAGACCAGGGACGGCAACCCCGUCAUAGCUCCGUACCCCGACUGGGACUGGCACGGUCUGCGGAAUUGCGAUGGCAUCACCAGCGUCUAUAGAAUUCAGGUCGACAGCUGCGGGAGGCUGUGGGUCCUGGACACCGGGAAGCUGGAGGAGCGCCAGCUCUGUCGCCCCCAACUCUUGGCCUUCUCGUUGUCGACCAACCGGCUCCUCAAGAGGUACAAGUUCCCCGACAGGCUGUUCAAGGCCGACUCGCUCUUCGUCACGCCGGUCGUCGACGUGAGAAGCCACGAGGACAAGUGCCGCGAGACCUUCGUCUACGUCGCCGACGUGACGGGAUUCAGCCUCCUGGUCUACGACGCCCAGCGCGACGAGUCCUGGAAGAUCAAGAACAAGCUGUUCUAUCCGUACCCGCCCCACGGGACCUUCCACAUCAAGAACGAGACCUUCGACCUGAUGGACGGGAUCCUGGGCCUCGCCCUGGGCCCCGUUCGCGCCGAUGGAGACAGGGUCCUGCACUUCCACUCCCUGGCCAGCGCCACCGAGGCCCGGGUGCUCACCUCCGUUAUCAGGAAUCGCACGCUCUUCGAGGACGACCCCGAGGCGGUCCCGAGGGCCUUCGAGGCGUUCGAGGAGGAAAGGUCCUCGCAGUCGGCGGCACAGGCGAUGGACCGAAACGGAGUCCUCUUCUUCGGCCUCAUGUCGGACCUCGCCAUCGGUUGCUGGAACAGCAGGGACUGCUCUUACCGCGCCGACAACAUCGAGAAGGUCGUGGUCGACUCCGACACCCUGCAGUUCCCCUCGGGGCUGAAGAUCAUCACCGAGGGCUCGGGUCGGCAGGAACUCUGGGUCCUCACCUCGUCCUUCCAGAGGUACAUGAGCGGCUCCUUGAGCGCCAACGAGACCAACUUCCGGAUCCAAGCAGGGUACACGGACGAGCUCGUCCGAGGCACGCGGUGCGACGCGGUGGUCGGUAGCAUCGGCGGCGUCGGCGGCGUCGGCGGCGUCGGUGGCAUCCACGCCAGUGCCCCCGGGCCGCUCGUCUUCCCGAAAUGAAGGUGGGACUUUCGCGGGAAGUUCCACAGGACGAGGUUCCGCGGGAGCGGCAUCUUCCCCGGGAGGUUCCACAGCUGGCUCUACCGGGAUCGUCCUCCUUUCGGAAUCCCGUACUUCUCGCGAUUCUUCCGCGGCCUGAGGAACCGGCCGAGCGGCUCCUUCGUCGACGUCAGACCCGGGGGCUACUCCUACUUCGUGGACCACGGCUGAUCGCCGAUACUCUUCCUGUGACCUAGCGACGCUCCGCACCCAGAGGACGGCGUUUUACACUUUUUAUACGACAUCGAGUUAGACGAGAACCGCGGGCCAAGGAGCACGCCCGGGAUGCCGAUUACGUCGAAGCGGCGCCUCGACGCUCGUUACCGAGCUCUUCCGAUGGACGAUCCGCGUCUUCGAAAUCAAUCGAGAGUCUCGGAUCCGUCACGAUACGGCGAUUACUUAGCCGCGUAAUCGCCCUCCGAGUACGUGACCGUAAACCACCGAAUGAUCCGGAUGACUGGUCGAGUUACCCCGGGGAAGAGUCGCCGUUGUUAUUCUUCCAAUAGCCGUAGACGAAGCAAGAAGGGGAUUAAUCGUUGCAUUUCCAUCCCUCGUCGAUCGAGGGACAGUCAUCGUUGCGAUACCGAUGAUUACUCCGCUUGGUCCAUUUCUUUCAUAGAUAAGAUUUCUCCGGCGUCCCCGAACCGAAAGCCUUGCAAUUUUCCUCCUCGUCUCGUCUCGAAGAAAUCCUGUGCGUACGCGGAUUUUCCCUAUUUCCACAAUAUUGUUUUUCGCCGCAUCCUCGUUUUUCUUAGACGUCCAAGUAGAUCGAGUCGCGAUUAUCAUCGACUAUCGGCAUAUUUCGCUUUCUCUCGAGGCCGUCCAAUCGGUCAAUGAAAGCUUUACGAUCAAAUCAAUUACGUCAACCUGCCAGACCGUCACCGUAAACGCGUUAAACGGCAACGAUUGAUGUGGCGUUGUCCGCGACUUUCCGCCACUCCUGUUACCUGGAAAUAAAAUAUUUUCUCUACAUCA